CUGCCUGCCUUGUUGUUGAUGGCGGCAUCGGCUAUCGUUUUAUUUUGUGAAUUUACUUUGCUACAAUUGCUACCAAUUAAUUAUUAUGCGGUGUAAUCAUGUGAGAGUAUAGUUUAUUAGUUCAAACCCGUUUAAUUGUUAAGUAAGCAUUUCCUUGUAAGCGUUAAUAAAAAAAAUUAAAAUGCCGGUCAUACAAUGGAGAUUCCAAUGGCGACGGAUUUGCUGGGAAAUAAAGGGGUAUAUAGUGUGGAAAUUCACACAGGCAAUAUUGACGGCAAGGUCCCUCACUUAUAAUGAGCACAUGGGUCAUAGUUAUGUAGUGGAUUGCUUGUUAGAACCCAUCUUCUGGUUCGUGGACAACUUUGCAGCUACUUUAGGGAAGGUAUUCGUCAUCUUGGUGACUUUUUUAACAGCAGCUGUAGUUGUAAUAGCGUACUGGGUUGGCCUGCCGUACUGGUGGGAGCGGGACCCGUAUACUUCAGCAUUUCUUGUAGUAUUCGGAAACUGGUUACUUCUUAAUAUCUUGUUCCACUAUUACAUGGGAGUUACAACGCCACCGGGAUAUCCACCAAAGGGUCCAAAGGUCUUAAAAGCGUCCAGCAUUUGCAAGAAAUGUAUAUCUCCAAAACCACCAAGGACUCACCACUGUUCUGUGUGUGAUCGUUGCAUUCUGGGCAUGGACCACCAUUGCCCCUGGCUCAACAACUGUGUCGGAUAUUUUAACGCAAGAUAUUUCUAUCUAUACAUGGUGUAUAUGGUGAUUGGGGUUACAUUCGUUAUAAUUGCUGGGCUCGACCUUGGCUAUCAAGUUCUCUGGCUCAACGAUACAGGUGGCAUCAUUCCCAACAAUGACCCAGAACUGAUUGGACAUCCGGUCAAAAUAAACAAAAGUGGAGUACUCAUCCCUAUUAAGACCAUUGUUGAAUAUGAUUCCAUAAACUUUCCUAGAGAGCAUGACUUACCUGUGCCACCUAUAACUGAGGCCCAGCGUAUUUGUGCCCACCCAUGGAAGAGAAAGGGUGUGAUUUUCAUGGCAGUGACCUGUGUGUCAGUAUUCUUUGCACUUGGAGCAUUAGUAAUAGUACAUGGAAGGAACAUAAGUAGAGGCGAAACAAGCGUAGAAGCUCAAAUAAAUGCAACGUUGAGGAAGACUCAAAGCUCUUUCAAGAAUCCAUUUCAUUUUGGAAGAGGGAAAAACUGGAGACUUUUCCUUGGUUUGACGCAAGGCAGAACGUUUGUGAGACAUGUGUUAUUGCCAUCGGCACAUCAACCCACUGGGAAUGGAUUAAUUUGGCACACAGUUCACAAUGUCUAUGAAGAUUGGCCUUAGAAUUUAGUUGGAUAGUUAAUGUACAAGAAAUAUUAUCCAUGUCAUAGUUUCAAGUGAUGCAGAUAGCUGAUGUAAAUGUUAGUGGAUUGUAGGUAUGUUAUUAAGCAAUGUGUAUUUUUAUGUAUAUUUAUUUAACAUAAGUUGUCGCGAAUUAACUGUAUAUUAUACAUACUUAUUUCAUGUGUAAAUGGGCAUCCCUUUUAUGGGGUCUUAAGGCUGGGUGUAUGUAUACUGUGAGGCAGGUGACAAAAUAUUAAUACCUUAUGUCCAUAGCAUUCAGACCUAACUAGCUUGUUCUUACUUGAUAGUUUUGACCUUCAUGAUUCAUAAUGAGAUGUGUGUGUUACAUUAUAUUUAAUAAAAAAAACCUUCAGCCGACGGCUUACGCGAAAAGUAUUAUUGAAUGAACGAAUGCGAAGGUUGUCCUUGUCAAACAAUGUUCGUUAUUUGUGAAAUUUUCGUCUGACUGAUUAAACUCGCUUUAAAUUCUUCCUCUCGUGUUGGUUGUGACAGGAUGUCAAACUUAUGAGCGGCUAUCGUGACAUGGCUCAUGUUUUAAAAAAAACCCAAAUUAUACAUCAACAAAAAAUAUACCUACUGAAGAAAAACAUAAUUAAGAAAGUAGUGUAGGUAUGACAAUAUAAUUAAUAUAAAAAUAUCAAAUUGAGUGAGAUCAUGAAUUUUUCAUUCAAUCAUAGUAUCCAUUCAGUAUUCCUUUUAAUAAAUUUCAAUUUGAAUGUUGCUAUUAUGAUCAAGACUACUGGUACCUGCUUGACGAAUAAAUAGGUAAUUCACCAAAAAUACUCUCAUUUCAUACAUUAUUGUAAUGAUUCUAUCAUUUACUGUGUUGGUUUGUUAAAUAGAUCAUCUUGAUAAUAUCUAUCUAUAGAAUACUAAACUCAAAACACGUCUCAUAAAACCAACUUUAAAAUAACUAGAAAAUUAUAUUUGUAAAGUAUUGAUUUGUUAAGUCAGUUUGAGUUGGAAAAUUGACUCAUAAAAAACUAGAAAGGGGUCUCUUUCACUACCAUUAAUGUCGUUAAUUAAUUACUAUUUUGAUAUUAGAUUAUUUUCAAAUAUACGCAUUUACUAUGUCCAUUCCUUUUAUCGGUGCGUUUAUUUUACGUUAUAAUUUAACCUUAGUAAUACUCGUACAAAUCGAAAAUGAAAAUUAUGUUUAAAUUGGAAUAUCUAAGUUUAUAUUGACAUAA